CUUAGACAUCGUCAUCACGCCGCGCCGGAAGUAAGCCCCGAGAGGCGCCGGAAGCCGCCGAGAACGACGGCCUCGUGGCCGGGCGGGCAGCAUGGGGCGCACGGAGCGGUCCCGGCACCAGAAGCGCGCGCGGGCCCAGGCGCAGCUCCGCAACCUCGAGGCCUACGCGGCGCAGCCUCACUCGUUCGUGUUCGCGCGGGGCCGCACCGGCCGCGGCGUCCGGCAGCUCAGCCUGGACCUGCGGAGGGUCAUGGAGCCGCUGACCGCCAGCCGCCUGCAGGUGCGCAAGAAAAACUCUCUGAAGGACUGUGUGGCCGUGGCGGGGCCCCUGGGUGUCACCCACUUCCUGAUCCUCAGCAAGACUGACACCAACAUCUAUUUUAAGCUGAUGCGUCUCCCCGGGGGUCCCACCCUCACUUUCCGAGUCAACAAGUACACGCUGGUGCGGGACGUGGUGUCCUCCCUGCGCCGCCACCGCAUGCACGAGCAGCAGUUCACGCACCCGCCGCUGCUGGCGCUCAACAGCUUCGGCCCCCACGGCAUGCACGUGAAGCUCAUGGCCUCCAUGUUCCAGAACCUCUUCCCGUCCAUCAACGUGCACCAGGUGAACCUCAACACCAUCAAGCGCUGUCUACUGGUGAACUACAACCCUGACUCCCAGGAGCUGGACUUCCGGCACUACAGCAUCAAAGUGGUGCCUGUGGGCGCCAGCCGGGGUAUGAAGAAGCUUCUGCAGGAGAAGUUCCCCAACAUGGGGCGGCUGCAGGACAUCAGCGAGCUGCUGGCCACGGGCGCCGGACUGUCGGACAGCGAGGCCGAGCCGGACGGGGAGCAUAAUAUCACGGAGCUGCCGCAGGCCGUGGCCGGCCGCGGGAACAUGCAGGCACAGCAGAGCGCCGUGCGGCUCACCGAGAUCGGGCCCCGCAUGACGCUGCAGCUUGUCAAGAUCCAGGAGGGCGUCGGAGAAGGCAGCGUGCUUUAUCACAGCUUCGUGCACAAAUCCGAGGAAGAGCUGAAGGCCAUCCUGGCAGCCAAGGAGGAGCGUCUGCAGCUGAAGGCACAGAGGCAGGAGCAGCAGGCACAGAACGUGCAGUGCAAACGGGAACGCCGGGAGGCCCAUAAGAAGAAGAGCCUGGCCGGCAUGAAGAGGGCCCAGGGCGGCGGGGACAGCGAUGCGGAGGACCCUGGGGCACCCCCCCAGGCCGAGGGGCCCGGGCAGCCGCAGGAAGAGGAGGAGGAGGAGGAGGCCGAGUACUUCCGCCAGGCAGUGGGCGAGGAGCCCGACGAGGACAUGUUCCCAGCGGCCAAGCGCAGGCGCCCCCAGGGCCCCCCCAGGAAGAGGCCACAGAGGCCGGAGCGGGGCGGCGACCGCAGGCCCCCCAGGACCAAGGGCAGGAUGCUGGGGGCGCGUGCCCGCCCGGGGCCCACGGGAAUGGCCCGGGCCCAAAGCAGGGGCGCAAGGCGGCGGCCCCCCAGGACGCGGCCCUGAGCCGAGGCCAAGAAGCACGCCCCAGAUUGGGGCCUGGGGCUGCCCCCCGGUUUCCUUUUAUAAAGGACUUAGCCCAACACUCCCCGUCCCUCCAAUAAAGCUUUGCUCACACGUG